AUGGCGUCGUGCUUCGAUGCAGCAAUAAUACCUCGGGGCGGCUGGUGGCUGGUGGCUGCUGGCUCAGCUCACACGUGGAAGAAGGUUUCAGCAGCUCGUGUGGAGGAGACUCCUCAGAAGCCGGCCAUUCAUUGCUCGAGACUUGGCCCGGCUCCACAGCUCGACAACGACUCUGCAACUGCACAGACACAGCUCAACUGGACAUCUGAGCAGGGUCUCCAAUCAAGAGCCGGUGGAAUCUGCCGUUGGGAAUAG